CGCGGCGGCGGCCUCGCCGCGCCGAGGUCCGGAGCCCCGCGCGGCGCGGUGCGGCUCGCGCCCCGGGCCGCGGCGGCCGCGGCCAACUCGGUCCUCCGCGCGCCGCCGCCCGCCGGCGCCGCCGCCGUGCGGUACGUGCCGCCGCCGAAGCUGCCCGCCCCCAUUGCCGCCCCGGCGCCGGCGCGGCGCGGCGGCGACCGGAGCGAUAGCGCCGGCGGGCCCGGCGCCGAGAAAGGCUUCAGCUUCCUGCAGCGCGCGGCGGCGGCGGCGCUGGACGCGUUCGAGGCCGGCGUCAUCACCAACCUGCUCGAGAGGCCGCGCGCGCUGCCGCGGGCGGCGGACCCCGCCGUGCAGAUCGCGGGCAACUUCGCGCCCGUCGGCGAGCAGCCGCCCGUGCGCGCGCUCCCCGUGUCCGGUCGCAUCCCGCCCUUCAUCAACGGCGUCUACGCGCGCAACGGCGCCAACCCCUGCUUCGAGCCCACCGCCGGGCACCACCUCUUCGACGGCGACGGCAUGGUGCACGCGGUGCGCAUCCGCAACGGCGCCGCCGAGACGUACGCGUGCCGGUUCACCGAGACGGCGCGCCUCCGGCAGGAGCGCGCGCUGGGGAGGGCGGUCUUCCCCAAGGCCAUCGGCGAGCUCCACGGCCACUCCGGGAUCGCGCGCCUCGCCCUGUUCUACGCGCGCGGCCUCUGCGGCCUCGUCGACCCCUCGCACGGCACCGGCGUCGCCAACGCCGGACUCGUCUACUUCAACGGACGCCUCCUCGCCAUGUCUGAGGACGACCUCCCGUACCAGGUACGCGUCACCGACGACGGCGACCUCGAGACCGUGGGACGCUACGACUUCGACGGCCAGCUCGGGUGCGCCAUGAUCGCGCACCCCAAGCUGGACCCGGCCUCCGGCGAGCUCUUCGCGCUCAGCUACGACGUGAUCAAGAAGCCGUACCUCAAGUACUUCUACUUCCGGCCCGACGGCACCAAGUCCGACGACGUGGAGAUCCCGCUCGAGCAGCCGACCAUGAUCCACGACUUCGCCAUCACCGAGAACCACGUCGUUGUGCCCGACCACCAGGUGGUGUUCAAGCUCGGCGAGAUGUUCCGCGGCGGCUCCCCCGUGGUGCUCGACAAGGAGAAGACCUCCCGCUUCGGCGUGCUGCCCAAGUACGCCACCGACGCGUCGGAGAUGGUGUGGGUGGACGUGCCGGACUGCUUCUGCUUCCACCUCUGGAACGCGUGGGAGGAGCCGGAGACCGACGAGGUGGUGGUGGUGGGCUCCUGCAUGACCCCCGCCGACUCCAUCUUCAACGACUCCGACGACCGCCUCGAGAGCGUGCUCACGGAGAUCCGCCUCAACACCCGCACCGGCGCCUCCACGCGCCGCGCCGUGCUGCCGCCGACCAGCCAGGUGAACCUGGAGGUGGGCAUGGUGAACCGCAACAUGCUGGGGCGGAAGACCCGGUACGCGUACCUCGCCGUCGCCGAGCCGUGGCCCAAGGUGUCCGGGUUCGCCAAGGUGGACCUGGCCACCGGCGAGCUCACCAGGUUCGAGUACGGCGAGGGCCGGUUCGGCGGCGAGCCCUGCUUCGUGCCCACCGAGGGCGCGCCGGCGCGCGGCGAGGACGACGGGUACAUCCUGUCCCUGGUCCGCGACGAGCGCGCCGGCACGUCGGAGCUCCUCGUGGUGAACGCCGCCGACAUGCGGCUGGAGGCCACGGUCCAGCUCCCCUCCCGUGUCCCCUACGGCUUCCACGGCACCUUCAUCGGCGCCCGGGAGCUGGAGGCCCAGGCCUGAGCCUCUCGACUGACAACCAUGGUUCCUUGAUUGAUUCCUUGGUUCUUUGCACCACCUCUCCGGCCGAUCCAUGGCCGCUCCUCCUCUGCUCUCCUCUCCUGGCUUCUUGGAGCUGGAAGAAGCAGGGGAGGCAGGACGGCGAAGCAGGGGAGGAGGAAAUUGGAGGGAAAUGGCUUUACCAGAGGGAGCCUGAGCCGUACAUAGGAGGUCCCCGGAGCCUUGUCCCCAUCCAUUGCACACAGUUACUGCAUACAGUUACUAGCGGUUACUCUUCUUUUUUUUUCCAUGUUUUUACAUGGUUUAAUCUUAUCACACUAGUGAUGACAGUCCUUAGAGAGAGAGUGGAGGGGCCACAGGCUGCAGCUUGCAGGUCAGCUGAGCUCAGCUGGUCUCUGUUUUCACCUCCUGCUACUAGUGUAGUGAGUGUUGGAGGUGGUAGUAGCUAGUAAUUAGCCUAGUAAAUAGUGAUAUAGUAGAUUAGUAGGCCUCAUCAGGCUGCCUCAGCAGCUGCUCUGUUCAGUUCCUGUGUGUUGCAGGCUCCACUGCCUGCUUAUUGCUAGUAGAUGAAUUGGACCACCCAGUUGCUGCAACUGAGGUGCUAUUGUUCACCCA